AUGUCGAACCGAGGGAACUGCAGAGACGCCAAACACGCCGGGGCCUGGUACUCUGCUUCGGGUGCCCAGCUUAAUGCUCAGUUGGAAGGUUGGCUGUCCCAUGCUCAUUCCUCUUUCAGACCUGCUCGAGCCAUCAUUGCACCGCAUGCUGGGUACACCUACUGUGGUGCCUGUGCUGCACAUGCCUACAAGCAGGUUGAUCCCACUGUAACUCGAAGAGUAUUCAUCCUGGGGCCCUCUCAUCAUGUGGCCCUGUCUCGUUGUGCACUGUCUCCUGCAGAAAUCUACAAAACUCCUCUGUAUGAUCUCCGGAUUGACCAGAAGGUGUACGCUGAGCUUGGGAAAACGGGGAUGUUCGACCGGAUGACCCAGAAGACAGAUCUGGACGAGCACAGUAUUGAAAUGCACUUGCCUUACACUGCUAAAGCCAUGGAGAGUCGCAGAGAUGAUUUUACAAUUGUUCCCGUGCUUGUGGGUGCACUGAGUGAAUCUAAAGAACAGGAAUAUGGACGCUUGUUCAGCAAAUACCUAGCUGACCCCACCAAUCUGUUUGUCAUUUCAUCUGACUUCUGCCAUUGGGGUCAGCGCUUCAAUUACACAUACUAUGAUGAGGCACAAGGAGAGAUCCAUAGGUCUAUUGAGCAUCUUGAUAAAACGGGGAUGCGCAUUAUAGAGUCGUUGGAUCCAAUGCGUUUUACCAACUAUCUAAAGAAGUAUCGCAACACUAUCUGCGGACGGCAUCCAAUUGGGGUGCUAUUAAAUGCUGUGGCAGAGCUGAGGAAGAUUGAUAUAGAUAUGAGCUUCACUUUCUUGAACUACGCACAGUCGAGCGAGUGCCGGACCAUGGAUGAUAGCUCUGUGAGCUAUGCCGCCGGAGCGCUCAUUGUCCAUUGA